CUGAGGCGGCGGCGACGGCGGAGGGCGCGGCGCUGCCCAGGGAGCCCCGCCGCGGGGGGUCGCGACCCGCGGCGCCGGGGAUGUUGCGGUGGGUCCGGCAGCAGCUGGGUUUUGACCCACCGCAUCAAAGCGAUACACGAACUAUUUAUAUAGCAAAUCGUUUUCCCCAGCAUGGCCAUUAUGUUCCUCAGAAGUUUGCAGACAACAGAAUCAUAUCAUCCAAGUAUACAGUGUGGAAUUUUGUUCCAAAAAACUUAUUUGAACAGUUCAGAAGAAUAGCCAACUUUUAUUUUCUGAUAAUAUUUUUGGUUCAGCUCAUGAUAGAUACCCCAACCAGUCCUAUUACGAGUGGAUUGCCAUUGUUCUUUGUCAUAACUGUGACAGCCAUAAAGCAGGGUUAUGAAGACUGGCUACGACAUAAAGCAGACAAUGAAGUAAACGGUGCUCCAGUUUAUGUUGUUCGAAGUGGUGGCCUUGUAAAAACUAGAUCUAAAAACAUUCGGGUGGGAGACAUUGUCAGAGUAGCCAAAGAUGAGACUUUUCCUGUUGAUCUGGUGCUUUUAUCUUCUGAUCGAGUGGACGGUUCAUGCCAUGUUACUACCGCAAGUUUGGAUGGCGAAACUAAUCUUAAGACACAUGUUGCAGUCCCAGAAACAGCAGUGUUACAGUCAGUUGCCAACCUGGACAAACUUGUAGCUGUCAUAGAAUGUCAGCAGCCAGAGGCAGAUCUAUACAGAUUUGUUGGAAGAAUAACUAUAAGCCAACAAAUGGAGGAAAUAGUACGACCUCUGGGGCCUGAAAGUCUCUUACUUCGUGGAGCAAGAUUAAAAAACACAAAAGAAAUAUUUGGUGUUGCAGUGUAUACAGGUAUGGAGACAAAGAUGGCAUUAAAUUACAAGAGUAAAUCUCAGAAACGGUCAGCAGUAGAAAAGUCUAUGAAUUCCUUUUUGAUUAUUUAUCUAAUAAUCCUCCUCUUUGAAGCCAUUUUGAGUACUAUUUUAAAGUAUGCCUGGCAAGCUGAAGAAAAAUGGGAUGAACCUUGGUAUAAUGAUAAAACAGAACAUGAAAGGAACAGCAGUAAGAUUCUGAGAUUUAUUUCAGAUUUCCUUGCUUUUCUGGUACUUUACAAUUUUAUUAUACCCAUUUCACUUUAUGUAACUGUUGAGAUGCAGAAGUUUCUUGGAUCUUUUUUUAUUGGCUGGGAUCUUGACCUCUAUCAUGAAGAGACAAAUCAGAGAGCUCAAGUAAAUACUUCAGACCUCAAUGAGGAACUUGGACAGGUAGAGUAUGUGUUUACAGACAAAACCGGUACGUUAACUGAAAAUGAGAUGCAGUUUCGGGAGUGCUCCAUUAACGGCAUAAAGUACCAGGAGGUCAAUGGUAAACUGACUCCAGAGGGGUUUUCUGAAGAUUCUCCAGAUGGAAAUAGGCAUACUUUGAUGAAAGAGGAAGAACUCUUCUUGAAAGCAGUUUGCCUUUGUCAUACAGUACAGAUCAGUGCAGACCAAACAGAUGGUGCCGAUGGGCCCUGGCAUGCCAAUGGAAUAGCAUCCCCAUUGGAGUAUUAUGCUUCUUCACCAGAUGAGAAAGCUUUAGUUGAAGCUGCAAGCCGGGUUGGAGUAGUAUUUAUGGGAACUAGUGGGGACAGUAUGGAAGUAAAAAGUCUUGGAAAACCAGAAAGGUACAAGUUGCUUCAUGUUUUGGAGUUUGAUCCAAAUCGCAGACGAAUGAGCGUCAUUGUGGAGAGUCCCUCGGGGGAAAAGCUUUUAUUCACAAAGGGAGCAGAAUCUUCCAUUCUUCCUCGUAGUAAGAGUGGAGAAAUAGACAAAACAAGGAUACAUGUUGAUGAAUUUGCUUUGAAAGGACUACGAACUCUGUGCGUGGCAUACAGAAGGUUCACACCAGAGGAAUACCAGGAAAUUGGCAAACGCCUUCAUGAGGCCAGGACUGCCUUACAACAGCGGGAAGAAAAAUUAGCAGAUGUAUUCAACUUCAUAGAAAGGGAUCUGGAACUGCUUGGGGCUACUGGAGUAGAAGACAAACUGCAGGAGAAAGUCCAAGAAACUAUAGAAGCACUCAGAUUGGCUGGUAUCAAAGUGUGGGUUCUGACUGGAGAUAAGCAUGAAACGGCUGUUAGUGUCAGUUUAUCAUGUGGACACUUUCAUAGAACCAUGAACAUCCUUGAACUUGUACAGCACAAAUCAGACAGUACAUGCGCAGAGCAGCUGAGGCAGCUAGCCAAGAGAAUAAAAGAAGACCAUGUUAUCCAGCAUGGUCUGGUAGUGGAUGGGACCAGCCUCUCUCUUGCACUCAGGGAACAUGAAAAACUGUUCAUGGAAGUUUGUAAAAGCUGUUCUGCAGUGUUGUGUUGUCGUAUGGCACCGCUUCAGAAAGCAAAGGUAGUGAGACUGUUAAAAACAUCUCCGGAAAAACCUAUAACAUUAGCAAUUGGUGAUGGUGCUAAUGAUGUGAGCAUGAUACAAGAAGCACAUGUUGGCAUAGGAAUCAUGGGCAAGGAAGGAAGACAGGCUGUAAGAAAUAGUGACUAUGCAAUAGCACGAUUUAAAUUCCUCUCCAAGUUGCUAUUUGUUCACGGGCACUUUUACUAUAUUAGAAUAGCAACCCUUGUACAGUACUUUUUUUAUAAGAAUGUGUGCUUUAUUACACCACAAUUUUUAUAUCAGUUCUUCUGUUUGUUUUCACAACAGACCCUCUAUGACAGUGUAUACCUGACUUUGUAUAAUAUUUGUUUCACUUCCUUGCCUGUCCUCAUCUACAGUCUUUUUGAACAGCAUGUGCAUCCGCAUGUAUUGCAGAGUAAACCUGUGCUUUAUCGAGACAUCAGUAAAAAUGCUCAUCUUGGGUAUAAACCAUUUCUUUACUGGACCAUCUUGGGCUUCUUGCAUGCAUUUGUUUUCUUUUAUGGUUCGUAUCUUCUAAUGGGAGAAGACACUUCAUUGCUGGGAAAUGGCCAGAUGUUUGGAAACUGGACAUUUGGUACUUUAGUCUUCACCGUUAUGGUUAUAACCGUUACGAUGAAGAUGGCUCUGGAAACUCACUUCUGGACAUGGAUAAACCAUUUUGUUACUUGGGGUUCCAUUGUGUUUUAUUUCAUAUUCUCCUUAUUUUAUGGGGGAAUUAUCUGGCCAUUUUUACAUACCCAGGAUAUGUACUUUGUAUUUGUUCAGCUGUUGUCAAGUGGUUCUGCUUGGUUUGCCAUAAUACUCAUAGUAGUUGCUUGUCUGUUUCUUGAUGUUGUGAAGAAAGUGCUGUACAGGCAUCUACAACCAACAAGUACUGAAAAAGCUCAGAUGUACUCCAACAGAGUUGCUUUAAGUGACGAGUUCAUCGCACUGCAGCCAUUGUCCAGGGCAAGGAAUCAGCUGAGCAAAAUUAGCUUACUGAGACAGGUUCAAGUAUCAACUGCAUGGACUCCAUGUGCUGCUUCUCAGAUGGGGAAACAGCAUGCACAUCUAUUAGAAGAAUGCUGGAACGACUAAUGGGAAGAUGUAGUCCAACCCGGGUCAACAGAUCAUGGAGUUCAUCGGAUCCCUUCUAUGCCAACGACAGAAGCAUCUUGACUCUCUCCACAAUGGACUCGUCCACUUGUUAACAGGGACAUUUGUAAAUACCUUGUGGAAGCCAAGUGGUGCUCACGUACCUGUAGUAGGUUCUGAAGCGAGUACAGUUCUACAUCCCUGCCCUAGACAGGACUAGUGUGACUUAAAGGCAAACUGGCUGUCCUGUAGCCAAGCAUAGCGGUCAUCUGGACUGUAUUUGCUUCCAUUAUUUUUUCUAAUGAUAUCCAUAAAUUGCUAAAUUUUUUGGUAAGAAACACUUUCAGCUCUCACCAUUAAAUCUUUUUUGUUACCAUAUUAGCAGAUUGGAACCUUGUAUUUGAUAUUUGAGAUGCUGGUACAACACAGUGCAAAAUCUUCUCCCAAAUGCAAGCGAUCAAAUAGAAUUUGCACAAUGAAACCUAAGUGGAUCAUAAUGAAAUUAGAUUGCCCUUUACUGCACGUGCACUCAGUUUGAACUGUCUUUUACAGCUGCUAUCUUAGUGGGUUGCAGAUCAGAUUAUUGUUCCCAUGGACGGUUUCUAAAGCGUUUAAAUACUCAGUAAUUUUAGAGAUAAAUAUUAUUCAAAUAUUUGUGCUGGUGUAUGAAUGGCAAUUUUAUUAGUCAUCACUUUGAGAAACAGCAUACAUCGGUCAUUUGGAGUCGUGAGGAUUUAACAGGUCACUGUUUUCUUUAAGUGUGAUUCAAAGCCAGUCAUCUUCUCUAACAAGUGUUUCAUUAACCAGUCACAAACUUGAUGUGGAAAAAUGGGUAAGGAACAGUGGCUCGUGCAGGUGUCUCACUAGCAUAAAUUUUUGAGUGAGGAAUCCUUUUAAUGUUGGUGAAUCUUUGCAUGUUUUAUUCUUUUUCAUGUAUUUAUAUUUGGCCGCGUUGUACGUUGAAGAUGCAAUUAAUCCUUAAUUAUCUUCAUAUAUCUGAAGAAUCUGAGACAUUGGUGGCAGUGUUUUGAUACCUAAGUAUGUCAAUAAAAACAAAUUGCACCAAUGCAGCUUUGAAUGGUACAUGAUACAUCUUGCAGGUACUUCUUUUUUUUCUCAUCAGUUUAAAUAAAUGUGUCUUCAUGUUUGGGGAAGGAUAACAACAUUUGCCUCUUUGUUCUGCCGUGUUGGCCAGAGCUAUUAGGGUUCUUUCUUAAUAUGUGAGAGCUAAAUGAAGGUUAGAGCUUUGUCUUAGGUAGUCCUCAGGUGCAGGCCAGGAAAAAUGCUGCUGUGUUUGGACACCUGUUUGGGAAUCCAGUUUGAAGUCAGUCUCAAGUCCUAUCACUAUUGAAAGAAUCUUCCUGCCAGCCAGCAGAAGGUAAAAAGCAAUGUAUUAAAAUUCUCAGUGAAAGAAACUAGAUCCAACAGACUGUAAAUAGCUAAUAGCUCCUGUAACAACUUCUUAACUGAAGAUGCAGUUAAGCUUGAGAUUAGUACAAAACCAGCAUUGGCUGCUUUCAGCACACCUGCAGGGGUUCCCCCUAUUGGCCUGAGUAAGUUGCUUGUCUUAGCAGUUUCUCAUUCUGAGACAGUCUAUCUGACAUCAAUAUCUAAGAUGUUUCUAAAAACUCUAACAGAUAUCUGCUGUUUUGUCAUACCUUUUGUGUGUAAGCCACCAUGUUUCACUGUUGAGAAGUGUGUGUUUGUCCGUGUCACCCACAGCACCCAGGCAGAGUGUGUGACUGUUGGGCCUCAUUAGCCAGCUCAUCUGUGUGUCUGGCUGGUGCACCAUGUGUGGAAAUAGACACUGUGCUUCACUCUGUCAGAAUGUCAGAGGGUUUGAUAACCCCACUCCAAGCACUUAGAUUGGGUCAGGAUCAGUACAGAAAUGUUUGUUGGCUUUUACCAUACAAGUAUGUUGAUUAUGUGCACAGAAGAUGCACAGUCCUGAACUUGAAGAAUAAUUUACACUGAUUAUAUAUGUUUCUUUAAAACCUUCCAUCUCCUCUUGUCCCUCUUCCCCUGCUUUCCCUUUUCCCAGUGUUUGUAAGGUUACCGAAGAAACACGCAUUUAAACAGUUCAGGAAGAACUUAAGAAUCCAUCUGUCUGCCAAGGUAUAUUUUUCUAUUUGCAGUACAAGUUAAACCUGUAAUUUAUCAUUUAAUGAGUAUAGAAUCAGUUUGCACAUGACCAGAUUUUUGGUCUGGCAAACAGUUAGGACCAUAUGUUUUUGUAAAUAUGUCACAGAUGAUUGAGAAUUGCUUUUGCUCAAGGAAGAAAGCUGUUGUGUAUUUCUCUGACAGCUAAAGUGUAUGAAACACUCAUGCACUGAGCCUACUGCAAAAGUCAGUCAGUCUUGACAAGGAUGACAGCACAAAAUACAGCUUACUCCAUUUAAAGAAGAAUUCUGCUCUCUGAUUCAAUGGUGAAGGAGACUGUGCCCUAGGAAGGAAGAAAAUAACUAUGAUAGAGCUGGGUCUCAGCCUUGAAGCCCAUAACAUAUGGCAGGAAAGCAAGCAGUCCGUUAAAGCAAGUUACCAGACUUAGGCUUUUUAACCAUGCAGCAGAAAAGAGGGAGUGGGAAUAUGUUCCACUUUGUUCACAAACUGGAAUGUGUGUAGAUUCUGCUUAAAAUAUCCUGUGUAUUUUUUAAGGCAAGGGAGGAGGGAAUUUAAAAAAAAAAAAGCAAAGGAAGAACUCAUUCUGAGUUCUUGUUUUCUAGUACAAAACAUUAUGCAGCUCAACUCAGAGUGCGUAUAUAUUAGGCAACCAUAAUUUCUUACUGCAACC